CCCAUAGAGGACGUUGGGAGCUGGUACAAUGUCUGGAUGCCUCGGGAUGGGUACAAAGAGAGAAACACUGAAAUUGUGCUACUAAACCUGAAAUUUGUGCUACUGUAUAUACAAGUGUUUGCUUUAGAUCUUUCCCCUUUCUGAUGCAAGUCGAUUGAAGCACAACAGCCAGGAUUUGCCUUAAUAAAUGAAUUGCGAUGAGAAAUUCACUGUAGAAAUAGGAGAGAUGGCUGCACACUGCCACACUGCACAUGAAUGUUCCAGAAAGAGCUGGAAACUGCAUCACGCUUUAUAUAGAGAAGUAAUGCUGUAUUUGACUUACAUCGCUAGUGGUAAUGAACCGCAAAUGAUGUGGUUAAUUAAGUGGUUAGAAUUAAGUCAUUUUAAAGUUCUGCUUGAGAUAUAACGUGGAACAAAUGUGGAUGCUUUACGGUUUGUUAUUUAUCAAAAAGAAUAAAAAACGUGUGUACACCUGACCGUCACGUGCAUAUGCAGUUCUUUACCAAACUGUUGGAAGCAGUUUUCUCAAAGGUCUUUGUAUGCUGUUCCCUUUGCUUGAACUAAGCGAUCUAAACUUGUUCCACCAUGACGAUGCCCCUGUACACUAAGGGAGGUCCAUGAAAGGUUAGAGUGGCUGAUCUAGAGUGGUCUGCACAGGGACCUCAACCCCACUGAACAUCUGCAGAAUGAAAUGGAACAAUGACUGUGCCUCAGAUCUCUCCACUGCUCUCUUGUGGCUGAAGCACAUCCCCAGAGCCAAAUGCCAAAAUCCAGGAAAGGCUUUCACAGUGUGCAGAGGACAGCGGAGCCACAGGAAUACCACAGAAGCUUUUUGAAAGAAAAAUGCCGGCCAGACGGGAGAGAGCUGGGAGAGUUUAGACCUACAACGCUAAACGUUGGAUCAAUAAAAACAGCAGAUGGCUCAGCAUUGGUGAAGAUUGGAAACACCACUGUCAUCUGUGGUAUAAAAGCAGAACUUGCUGUGCCCACUGCUGAUGCUCCUGAAAAGGGGUUUAUUGUUCCAAAUGUGGAUCUGCCUCCCCUGUGCUCGUCCAGAUUUCGGCCCGGUCCUCCAGGAGAACAGGCUCAGGUUGCCAGCCAGUUCAUCGCUGAUAUCAUCGAUGACACUAACAUUAUAAAGAAAGAAGAAUUGUGCAUUGAGAAGUCAAAGUUGUGCUGGGUCCUGUACUGUGAUAUCAUGUGUUUAGACUAUGAUGGAAAUUUACUAGAUGCCUGCAUCAUAACUUUACUGGCAGCAUUAAAGAAUGCACAGCUUCCUAAAGUCACAAUCAACAAAGAGACUGAUUUACCUGAGGUUGAUAUGCAGCACAAGACACAUCUGCAGAUUAACAAGCACCCUGUUGCCUCGUCAUUCGCAGUAUUUGAUGAUGAAGUGAUUAUAGUGGACCCAACAACAGAAGAGGAAAGUUUGGCUACAGCAUUAAUAACUGCAGUCACGGAUGAGGAUGAUCAGCUUUGUGCUUUCCAUAAACCAGGGGGCAGUUCCUUAUUAGCAGAGAAGCUGCAGGACUGUGUAAGUCGAGCUGUGGCCCGAAAUCGAGAGAUCAACAAACUCAUUGACAAAGUCACCGAGAGCAUAAAGUCAUCAAAAUAAUUACAAAGAGCCAAGUUUCUUAUUUAAAAGUUGUAUUUUUUCCACUGUCAAUAUAUAUUUUCUUUUUUUAUAACAAUAAAACUGCUGACAAAGACCAUUUACAAAA